AUGAAUUGGCAACUCCUACUCCCAGAAUACCCGACUCGGCGACCGGAAUGGGUUCUCAAAGAUAUUCGCUUAAUGUUCUUCAAAUGUGUCAAAUGGCAGUUUGAAGAAACCAUGGAUCCAAUCAACUGUCCUUACCACUACUUCUGUGACAGUGCUUAUCCUGGUAACUAUUCACCUGCCGUGGAUAUUCUGGUUCUUAUCUUCACAACUGCUUCAUACUUUGCAACUCUUUUCGUCAUGGUAAUGGACAUAUUAGGGAGUGAGAAACUUGGUAAUCUGUCAAAAAGAUACUUACUGCCUUCUGGUCCGGUUUCUCUCCCACUAAUCAUCUUGGUCCUAGCCAAGGGAAACAGGAUCAACACCAUCUUUCCUCUCUCAUUUGCUGGUCCUGCAAUUCUCCAAUUGGUUCACAUUUCCGCACUCAGCUUCGACGGCAAAGCUGUCAAGGAUAUCAAGUACGUUUUUUUUGAGGCAUCGACAAUUUCUGGCAUUUUACAUGCCAGCCUGUACUUGGACUCCAUUUUGCUACCAUACUAUACAGGUCUUGAUGCUCUAAUGUUGUCAAGCUUUUCAGGAGAGUGCCUGUCUUGCGUGUGCCGUAAGGACACUUUGAUUGUGGGAGGAAGAUUAGUGUCAUACAGGGGGUGGUCAGUGACCACAUUUUUGGUUGUGGGUGCCCUAUGUUUGAGGAUAGUUUGCAGGGUGUCUGGGGAGAGAACAGGACAUAUCUUGUUAGUCAAGUCCUUCCUGGAGGGUCUAGGUUGGAUUCUUAUAACCAAAGACUCUAUAUAUCUUUCCAGAAAUUCUCCACCAGAGAAGUUAACAUUGCAUGUUGCUGUUUUUGGAGGCAUCUUUGUUUUGAUUUGCCUUCACGGACUCAAAAAGGUAUGCUCUCAGAUCAUACGAUUGUAUACAAAGUGUAACAAAAAAAGGAUACGUGCUAUAUACUUUGCAGGAAAGAUGGAAGAGACAUAACUGGCCAGA